UUCUCUGAAACUAGCGAUAAACCUCACGAGACCUGGUCGAGGUGGACAAGUCGUUGGAGGGAAGGAGGACAUACCGGUUCCGUUUCAGGAGAAACAAACACAAAUAAUUAAAAAUGAAAAGCUUUAUACUGUUUUCAGUGGCGUUGUUGGCGUUUUCAGUCAACGCAACUGUUUACUUUAAAGAGCAGUUCCUCGACGCCGAUGCAUGGAAGAGUCGGUGGGUGAACUCCGAGCACAAAUCUGACUAUGGACAGUUUAAACUCACUGCUGGAAACUUCUAUGGUGAUGCAGAGAAGGACAAAGGUUUGCAAACCAGCCAGGAUGCCCGCUUUUAUGCUACCUCUGCACGGUUUGAGCCCUUCAGCAACGAGGGCAAAAGCCUUGUGAUCCAGUUCACCGUGAAACACGAGCAGAAGAUUGAUUGCGGGGGCGGUUAUGUCAAAGUCUUCCCUGCUGACCUCGAUCAGGCUGAUCUGCACGGAGAGUCGCAGUACUUUGUCAUGUUUGGUCCGGAUAUCUGUGGUUACAGCACAAAAAAGGUCCACGUUAUCUUUAACUACAAAGGCAAGAACCACCUCAUCAAGAAAGAUGUCAAGUGUAAAGAUGACGAGCUGACCCACCUCUACACGCUGAUCCUGAACCCAGACCAGACCUACGAGGUGAAGAUCGACAACGAGAAGGUGGAGUCUGGCUCCCUGGAGGAGGACUGGGACUUCCUGCCUCCUAAGAAGAUUAAGGACCCUGAAGCCAAGAAGCCAGAGGACUGGGAUGAUCGUGCCAAAAUUGAUGAUGAGACUGACACCAAGCCUGAGGACUGGGACAAACCUGAGAAUAUUCCAGAUCCUGAUGCUAAGAAGCCUGAAGACUGGGACGAGGACAUGGAUGGUGAAUGGGAGCCUCCCGUGAUCCCCAACCCAGAGUACAAGGGAGAGUGGAAACCAAAGCAGAUUGAUAACCCCAAUUACAAAGGAGUCUGGGUGCACCCUGAGAUCGACAACCCUGAGUACAGCCCUGACUCUGAGAUCUACAAGUUUGACAACAUCGGAGUUAUCGGGCUGGAUCUGUGGCAGGUAAAGUCUGGGACCAUUUUUGACAACUUCCUGAUCACAGAUGAUGUGAAGGAAGCUGAGGAAUUUGGAAAAGAAACCUGGGGCGUUACUAAGGGCCCAGAGAAGAAAAUGAAAGAUGAGCAAGAUGAAAAGAAACGUAAAGAGGAUGAAGAAAAGAACAAGGACCAGGACACAGUAGCAGAUGAUGAUGAUGAUGGAGAUGAUGAUGAUGAUGAGGCAGGGGAUGAGGAUGAGACAUCAGAGGAGCCUGAAGAAGAGGGAGAGGAUGACGAUGUUCAGCCUAAAGAUGAACUAUAAACCAGGAAGUGCUUCCUCGGCGCAUGCGUUCUGGCACCAGGGAUACAGCUGCAGGGCAUCGAGUCAAAAUGAUGCCAAAUGGAAUGUGACUCUUUUUGCGUUUAAUGUGGAACAGAAAGCAGAGUAGCAAAUUUCAGAUUUAGAGUUCAAUGUUUUGGGGUGUUUUUUUUAUCAAAGGGGUUUGGUUUUGUUUUUUGGGGGAAGAUGAGGUUUGGAAGCAGGUUUAGGGGUUGAAAUCUUUCACAGAUCUUUAACUUUCACCUCAUGAAAAAUCAGACUACAUUGCUCAACAGAUCAAUUUCAUUCCGUGGAAUUAUUUUUUUUUAAUUAAAAAAAAAAAAGCCUGAAGUCUUAACGAUAAUGCAGUUGUAAAUAAGUUGGAGUUAGUUACUGGUUCACAGCAGUGGGAGAUUUCUACCUUUUGUGAGAAUGUGGUGGCUUGAGAGUGAAUGUUUGCAGAUGAUUAUACUUAAUUUUGAACAGCAACUCUGUUUUCACUAGUCAUUCUGUGUGGGUGGGGUGUCUCUCUCUCUCUCUCUCUCUGGCACUGAUUUUUUUUUGGGGGGGGGGGAUAUCAAUUUUUUCCACCCCUUUUUCUUUUUCGUCCCCCUCCUGUCUCCAACUAAGACGUUGAAUGUGAUUUUUCACUCGUUCCAGGUCUAUUUAUUUAACAAAGUUCUUAGGAGUAAUUUGACCCACAGCAUCAUUAAUUACACACUGUGAAAAUAGUGACCAAAAUGCCCAGGACAGUGUUUUAUUAAAUGUUAGCACUAAGGUCAUCAUGACCUAAAGCAGAGAUUUCCAGCAGUAAAUAUGACUGUCAUGGUAUGUCUGGGUCACUUUGCUCAGUCAUCAGUUGUGUGUCUGUAAUGCCAAUACUUUUAAUAAAAUUUAUUAAUGAA